AAACUCAAGUGAGCUGCACUACUUCCAAGAGUCCUUCAUGGAAUAGACUGAUUUCACCAAGUGACAGAACAAUGGAGGAAAGUGUUUCUGUUUUCGAGGAAAAACAUACCACAAAGCAUUCAAAAAGGCUUUUUAAGAUUAGAAACAACUAAUACAACGUAGCAUAUCAAUAACAGCUGUAGGCGUUGAGUGUGUAAUGCCAGGAUGUCAGUAUAGUGCAGCUGACAUACAUGUAUACAGUACAGUGCAGUGUGUGAGGUGAGGUGAGGUGAAAUGGAGUUUAACGUCGCGUUCAGGAUUAUUGCACUUAUGUAGCGACGUGCAUGCACGGGUGUGUCUAUUUGGCUGCUUGUAGACGUCAGUUCAACUGAUCAACACUCAAGUGAGCCACACUUCUUCCAAGUGUCCUUCAUUCAAUAGACUGUUUUCAUCCAUGGCCAGUGACAGAACAAUGGAGUUUCCUCAAAUCAUAGAUCUAAAUGUAGGAGGGCGGCACCUGAGCACCCGUAUUUCAACUCUCAAAAAGUACCCUGAUUCCAAGUUGGCCGAUAUGUUCAGUGGGGAAUAUGUUAUGCCAAAAGACAAAGACGGACGAUUCUUCAUCGAUGCGGAUGGGGACGUAUUCGCUCACAUUCUCAACUUCCUGAGGUACGAGAUGCUGCCCCCUCCCGACCAGGCAGUGGCUGUACACAAAUAUGCAAAAAUAUUUGGCAUUAAGCCUUUGCGUACUAAACAUUUACAAUGGGGACCAGUCUUUGCACAGGCUUUGAGAGACAACUGGAAACGUGGAAUAGCCGGAUAUGACGACUGCCUGAAUCAGUUGCGGGAAGGCCUGGUGGCAAGUCGGUAUCAAAGUGGUGUCUUGUACAUCCAGUUCUCGGAUUCUUCUCAACACAUGUUCACUCUGUGCAAGGUGGCUGGUAUUCCUGAGGGACAUCAGGUCAUCAACGUCAAAUACUCCUCCUCCACAAUGGAUGGGACCAAUCUUGUCCAUUUCCUCAAUGAGGAUCUGAAGCGUAUCGGUGUUCACUUUCAGCCGGGGGACUUCCGACCAGAACCAAAGUGUGGUUGUCGCGUGGCUUUGCGGUACAUGAUAAAACAUGAGUAACUGAUGUACCCCUAAUUUUCACAUUGUGUGGUUUGGUACGAUUAAUGUAUACUUCCCAGUCGAAUAACAUACCUCAUGCUUGUAGGCGGCGUAAUCGUCGACUAAGCACUGUGCCACACAGGUAUUUGAAAAGACGAAAAAUAAUAAAUAAUGAAUUGAUGUAACUUGUUUACACUAAUAAACAGCCGACUAUGA